CCGAACGCGGUGCACCCUGGGAGAGUGGAGAGAGUCGCCAUCUUUAUCAGAUGAAGUGGCUAGCUAGCUAACAUGCAAGUUAUUAGCGCCUAUAAUUACCACGUUUAUGGGAAUAUUAUAAAAAUUGCAUUGUCUCUCGGAUUAUAUGCUGGUAUAUAAAUAUUACGCAGAUAAGGGAAAUUAUUAAGGACUAAGUCACUCCCAUCAACGGUUUAAGCUUAGCCACCUAUUUGCAUAAGGGUUUGAAGAGGCAGCCAUGGGUCGCUCCCGGAGUCGCAGCUCGUCCCGCACCAAGCACACGAAAAGCGGAAAGCACAGUAAGAAACGGAGCCGGUCUCGGUCGCGAUCCAGAGACAAGGAAAGGGCAAAAAAGCGGUCAAAGUCCCGGGAAGCAAAGAGGAACCGAAGGCGUGAGUCGCGGUCUCGCUCGCGAUCCACCACUGCGUCCGCCCGCAGGGAGAGGGAACGGGAGAGGCCCGCCUCACCGCCCGAAAGGAUUGACAUUUUCGGACGGACGUUGAGCAAGAGAAGUGCCCUGGACGAAAAACAGAAAAAGGAAGAAGAGGAAAAAAAGGCCGAAUUUGAGAAACAGAGAAAAAUCCGUCAGCAGGAGAUCGAGGAGAAGCUGAUCGAGGAGGAGACGGCACGGAGGGUGGAGGAGCUGGUGGCCAAGCGGGUGGAGGAGGAGCUGGAGAAGCGGAAGGACGAGAUCGAGCGGGAGGUGCUGAGGAGGGUGGAGGAGGCCAAGCGCAUCAUGGAGAGGCAGUCUGACUGGAUGGCCCGAGAGGAGGAGGAAAGCUCAAAGAGGGCAGAGCUGGAGAGGAUCCUGGAGGAGAACAACCGCAAGAUCGCCGAUGCCCAGGCCAGACUGGCCGAGGAGCAGCUGAGGAUAGUGGAGGAGCAGAGGAAGAUCCACGAGGAGCGCAUGAAGCUGGAGCAGGAGCGGCAGCGGCAGCAGAAGGAGGAGCAGAAGAUGAUUCUGGGGAAGGGGAAGUCCCGGCCCAAACUCUCCUUUUCCCUGAAAGCAGUGGAGUGACACGCCGUCCGCCACGACCCCUCCACCUUCACCCCCACCCCCACCCCCCACCCCCCCACCCCCUCGCCGCCGCCCCACUCGCCGCACGGUAGCUUCAUGUUGAAGUGUUCCCCCGGAAACUCAUACACUUUUGCUCCCCUUUUUUUUUUAACUUUUUUUUUUUCCUUUUUUUUUUAUCGCUCCUCUGGGCUGUGCUCAACGAACUUUCCGGAACGAGAGGCGGCGACGGGCGGCAGCGACGUUUUUGCGACUUAAGAGAAAAAAACCUGACUGUCCUGUCCUCUGUACUAAAUGCUACGACCGUUGUUCUUAUUGUUUUUGUGAAAUGCUUUUUUUUUUUUUUUUUUAAUCGUCUCUAUUUUUACUUUGUUGGAAGGCAAACCCCAGGCUUGUGUUAACCUGAUGUUCACCAGAAUUGUUAUUUUUUUAAACUGGGAAAUGAAGUGUGAUGUUGUACGUUGUGUGGGCUGAAUAAAGGCGCGUUCGGUCUUAUUAGAAAAGUGACCGUCCUGAACGUGGUUUAACCGCUGCUGCAGGGGAGUAGCCAGUGCGCCAGAAUCGAACGAGAGAAGCCGACCUUUCCGCAAGCACAAGAGCGUCCGCUCGUCUCGGCACUGCAGGGACGCUGUAGGGUUCGUCGCUUCGACGUCAGUCCUCCCCCACCCCCCCCCACCCCGACCUUCUCAUCGCCUUCUGCUUCCUGUCGUACAGUAUAUAUAUUUUUAUGUAUUUAAUUUAAAGAGCGACAUGGACGGGUGAAAAAUGAAGUACGUGAGCGGAGGUGAGAUGUUUCAGCUCAAAUGUUGCGGUGCCCCGGCCCCGCCCUCCCGACCCGGGGGGCCCCCAUUAACCGGAGAACAGGAGAGGGCCGGUGAGGGAUUCACUCGCUGUGCGGUACCUUAUAAUACGGUCUGUGAUGUGCAACGUUUUUUUCCCCCCUGAUGUACGAAUCCCUACACAAGAAAAGAAAAAACAUGCCAAUCUGUGUCCUGUGUCAUUAAAUUCUCUCUGAGUAACUUUUGUUACGUAUGAGUGCAGUCUGCA